UCAAGCGCGUUAUAAGGCGCCGAGCAGACCAGCCGCGCUCGCCGCUGUGGCUGCCGCCCGCAUGGCCUCGAGCCGCAGCCCCGUCGGAGCGAGCCUGCUGCUCGCCUACGCCAGCCUGCUCGCCGCCGUGGGCCUGGGUGUCCCGGAGCCCGUGGGGAACCCCGCACGGCCGCAGCUGCCCGGGGCCGAGCCCGCCCCGCCCGCCGACAGCCUGCUGGAGCCCACCAGUGCGCAUGCACACAGCGUGGACCCCCGGGAUGCCUGGAUGCUCUUUGUCAGGCAGAGCGACAAGGGCAUCAACAGCAAGAGGAGGAGCAGGACCAAGGCCAGGCGACUGAAGCUUGGCCUGCCGGGACCCCCAGGGCCACCAGGUCCUCAGGGCCCCCCAGGCCCCUUCACCCCACCUGAGGCUCUGUUGAAGGAGUUCCAGCUGUUGCUGAAAGGCGCAGUGCGACAGCGGGAGAACGUGGCGGCCGGGCGCUGCACCAGCGACCUCACCACACCAGCCUCGGACAGCCCCUCCCGCGCCCCAGCCGCCCAGGAGAGUGACAGCCGCCAGGACCCGGGGGCUGCGUUGGCGCUGCUGGCCGCGACCUUGGCCCAGGGCCCGCGGGCGCCCCGCGUGGAGGCCGCGUUCCACUGUCGUCUACGCCGGGACGUGCCGGUGGAGCGGCGGGCGCUGCACGAGCUCGGGGUCUACUACCUGCCCGACGUUGAGGGAGCCUUCCGCCGGGGCCCAGGCUUGAACCUGACCAGCGGCCAGUACACCGCACCGGUGGCCGGCUUCUACGCACUCGCCGCCACUCUGCACGUGGCAUUCACAGAGCAGCCGAGAAGGGGUCCACCGAGACCCAGGGACCGUCUGCGCCUGCUGAUCUGCAUCCAGUCUCUUUGCCAGCACAAUGCCUCCCUGGAGACCGUCACGGGGCUGGAGAACAGCAGCGAGCUCUUCACCAUCUCGGUAAACGGUGUCCUGUAUCUGCAGACGGGACACUACACUUCCGUUUUCCUGGACAAUGCCAGCGGCUCCGCCCUCACGGUGCGCAGCGGCUCCCACUUCAGCGCUAUCCUCCUGGGUCUGUGAGUGGCUGCUGCAGCCUCUUACCCUCACCAAGCCGAGUGCAGGAGGAAGCCCACUGGACUUCUGUACACCCUGGCCACUGCAAUGCCUCAGCACAGCCACCCUAGGCAUUCCUGCAGAGGUGAUGGAAGCAGGUUCUCUGAGAACCAGCAGCAAUUUGUGAAUAUCGUAAGCCCUGCUUGGCUCUUCUGGGACCACCUGGCAUACUUGGUAGCCACAGCUGCAGAGCUGGCACCUUUGUGGCCCCAUACAGCCUGAUUCCUUCCUGUGGCUCAGCAUCCUAGCCAGGCCACUAUCUGGACCAGCCAGCCUGCACAGGGCAGGACUAUUGUGAAAUGACUAUAAGUCCUUAGUGCUCAAGAGGGGAGCCCAGGCCUUCUUGGACCACACAUCCUGUCUACCUAGGUUCCAGGCCCUUAUACAGCCAUAUUUACCAUGCCUCUGUCUGCAGUGCAGCCUCAGGGACCUAGGGACUUCAGGGGCCAGCGAGCCUGCAUCUGGCAGCAGUUUCUACUUUUGGGGUAAGCAAGAUGACCUGCAGGCCCCCUGAUGGGCACCUCAACAUACAAGAGCUAUACUCCUCUGUCAUCUCUCACAGACAAGGCCAUCUUCACCCUCUACAAAGGCUGCCAGCCAACAACCCAACCCUUCCGAGGUUCUAGCUCACUGCUAGGACACAUCCACUAGGCAAAGACUGAGCAGUUAUGGACACAGGCCACUUGCUCCAAGCUUCCCUCCUGAGACCUAUUGCAAAAGGGAUGGUCUGGCUGAGUGGGCAGCCUGGUCGAGAAACUGGCGGAGAGCUCUUCCCAGGAGAAGUUACAGGACUGCCAGCCUGCAGCUUGUUUCAAUGCAGUCUUCCCAUGAUUGGGGACUAGCUUCCAAAUGUGCAGUGGAGUAGACCGGGCCCGCCAGGCCCCCAAAGGCCUGCUGAUGACAGAGUUGACAACCAGUACCCACAGCAACCCACAGGCUGCUUUGGGAUCUCUUGGCCUAUCAGGGGUGCUCAAGCCUGGGAUGAAGGGGAUAGUUGUCAGUUGCUUCAUCUUUCAACUGACCUCAGAAUGAGGUCACCGUAUCAGAAUGCCCUUAUGACUUCUCCCCAAGCAGGCUGCCAACACCGAGCACCAGGUGGAUGGAGGGCUGUCCAUCAGCAGGCCUGGCCCGAUUCUAAGUAGGGCUGGUACCCACCCUACCAGGAAGCACUGUGCUGGCCUGGGUCCUGACUCCCUGGCACUUCGAUAAGGACGGGGGGUGGACACACCCUGCUCUGGAUUUCACUCUGUAUCCAGUGGGCACAGCCGUGUUAGAGGAGUUAUCUUCUACCCUGGAGAAGGCUGCAUGAGCACAUAUCUCACCUUUCAACAACUGUGCUGUACAGGCAGCUUGAAAGUGUCAUAUUGCUGGGCAGAGUGUUUUUAAGGAGCAGAUCACACACGAAGCCAUGCCAAUGACGGUAGCAAGGGAGGCCACAGUGCCAAGUGUCCCCCAGACAGAAGCACCCAGGGACGUGGGUCACAGCCUCUGAGGCACGGAAUGAUUCCUGGGUUGCCACGAGGAUUUGCUGAAUUAAACUGUCCUGCUUUCUGAUGAGG